AAAAUUGUGUUUUAACAUCAGGGUUCCGAGAAUUAAAGAUACGUGUCUGUAUUUAUCCCCGCCAUUAAAUUCAAGUCUCUCCGUGACUAGCGUUUGUGACAGUCGGCUUAAACUUAUUAUUAAGCAAUUUUUAUUGUAAUAAUAAAACUAUCUCGAAGAUGUUUCUAACACGUUCUGAAUACGAUCAUGGUGUUAAUACCUUCUCCCCAGAAGGGAGGUUAUUCCAAGUUGAAUACGCCAUAGAAGCUAUAAAACUUGGUUCCACUGCCAUUGGAAUCGCAACAUCAGAGGGUGUUGUUUUAGUUGUGGAGAAACGUAUCACUUCCAGUUUAAUGGAACCCACAACCGUGGAAAAGAUUGUAGAAAUUGAUAAGCAUAUUGGAUGCGCCGCAUCAGGCUUAAUAGCUGACUCUAGGACCAUGAUCGAUCGUGCUAGAGUAGAAUGUCAAAAUCAUUGGUUCGUCUACAACGAAAGAAUGUCCGUGGAGUCAACGGCACAGGCUGUAUCUAACCUAGCUAUACAAUUUGGAGACAGCGACGACGAUGGUAGUGCCAUGUCAAGACCGUUUGGCGUAGCAAUGUUAUUUGCCGGUAUCGAUGAAAAAGGGCCUCAGUUGUAUCAUAUGGAUCCUUCUGGCACCUUUGUACAAUUCGAUGCUAAAGCCAUUGGAUCUGGAAGCGAAGGCGCGCAACAGAACCUCCAAGAAGUUUAUCAUAAGUCUAUGACGCUUAAAGAAGCGAUAAAAGCAGCUUUGGUUAUAUUGAAGCAAGUUAUGGAAGAGAAACUGAGUGAUAACAAUAUAGAAGUAAUGACGAUGACUCCCGAGCAACUGUUUCAUAUGUUUACAAAAGCUGAAUUACAGGAGGUGAUUACAGACAUUGCUUAAAAUUUAGGGCACUUAAAACAUGUUGAUUUUAUUGACAUGAAUACGUAUAUUUAUAUAUAGCGGAUAUGUGCUACGCGGGAGUUGUAUAUCCGAAAAUUACACAUACAUUUUUCAUUUAAAGAAUAUGAAAUUUCUACACGAUGAAAGAUUUUGUAUUUUCACCUUUUUUCAAAUCACCUGCAAAGAUAGUAAAUUAUAUAUUAUAUCUUUAAUCUUAUAUCAAAGAUUCCUUGAUACCAUUUCCUAAUUAUUUUUGUGUACGUGCAUUUGUUAAUGUCUUAACACGUUUUAAUUAAUUCUAAAUAUUACUAACGUUAAUAUAAUCGCAUAAAACAUAAUUCUUUUUAUAACUAUCCUUUUCAUAUCCUCAUCUUCGUAUAACAAAGCGAUUCACACGAUUUUUCUUUUUAACCUCCUAAUCUAGUUAAUUGAGAAUUUGCCUUCAUCGAGAGAAGAUUCAUUGCGGUCAAAAUCCAAUACCUCUGGUACAUUUCCAUCCCUUCCAUCUCUAUCCACCGUUGGGUGAAAAGAUCGCAGCAUGUAUUUUGGUGUUUGUAAUCUCCUAUCCUCGAAUUACGUUUCUAUCCUUACAAGGUAACACAUAAUAAAAUAUUUUUGUAGAUUUCA